AAUAUUCUUCAGAAUUAAAACGGAAACCAUGAAUAACGCAUUAAAGCACUGGAAAGAGUCUGCUACUCUGAUACUUGCAGCAGGAUCUCAGAAUGGAUGUAUUGUGCCAAAAUGUAAGAAUUCAGCUCUGCGUUAUUGGCCACAAAAUCCGAAUAAAACCCCUUUCGACUAUGAUGUUCUUUUAUUGAAGCGCAAUCAGAAAAGUGGGUUCAUGCCAAAUGCUUUCGUGUUCCCAGGCGGUCUUGUUGACCCGUCAGACUUUUCCAAUGAUUGGAUAAAGGUGUUUGAAAGAUAUCAACAACAACCUAACUUUGGGCUGGGUUUGGUGAAACAGCACCCCAGUACUAGGCCUCCUAUGUUUGUCACCGACAGAACUCAGUUUGGAUCUCUGGUUCCUGGGGAGGUCGCUUUCCGGAUCUGUGCCAUCAGAGAGACGUUUGAAGAAUCUGGAAUUUUGUUGGUGGUUCCUGAGAACUCGGACGUGAAAGUCAUCCAGAACACCAUGGGGGCCUAUGAACAUGAUCAAGAGUUACUUUCCAAAUGGAGACCGGAGGUUCAGGACAACCCUUUCCAGUUCAUCCAGAUGUGCAAAGAGAUGCAUUGUGUGCCGAACAUCUGGGCUCUAUAUGAGUGGAGCAACUGGCUGACCCCAUUAAUACCCAAUAGUUCAAGUCUCAGACGCUAUGAUACAGCUUUCUACAUUUGCUGUUUGGAGAAAAAGCCGCAGACCAGUGACGACCAGAAAGAAGUCACUUCCUUCAAGUGGUUGACCCCUCUGGAAGCUAUACAAGAAUACUUCUCACGGGGACUCUUGAUUCCGCCUCCUCAGUUGUAUGAAUUUAGCAGGAUGUGCAACUUUGUUCGUAUUCAGGAGCUGCGCAAGUUCAGCCUCCAGCGUGCACUGGAAGGCUGCGAGCAGUGGUUGGGGAUCCCAAUAACUGUUCAAGAUGGCUAUGUAUAUACAUUACCAGGUGACAGCUUGUUUCCAGAAAAUCCUGACUUUACAGGAGAGAGGCCAACGCUUCAGUCUACAAACAAAACCCUUGAAGAUUUUUCGCGAGAUGGACAACGCCAUAACCGAGUCCUGGAACAAAAUAAGAUGAUGAGUUUAGAUGUUAAUAUCGAACAGAAAUACAAACAUCUCAGUCCCAUCAAAAUAGAUGUUCCUUGUAACACAAAGCCAAAGAGUAAGAUGUGA